UUUGUUUUUCCCUAUUCUAGUCCGACAGGCGCAUUCCACCCCUCCACAGCUUUUUGACAGAAUUCUUCCAAUUUGAGUAUUAUUGAGAAAAGUUCUAGUGUAUCCAUGUAAAACCAUUCAUUAUCUGUUCUGAAUGAAGUCCUCAGGCAUAUUGUUUCGUUUUACAGAUGUAAUGAAGCGUACAUCCCAUACACGAGUUCAGUUACGAUGCUUCUAUUGUAAUAAGAAGGCAAAAAUCAAUGCUGUUCUCCCCGUACGAGAAUGGACAUGUCCCCUUUGUGAAGCAACAAAUCGUCUUGAUGAAAAUGGGGAAAUUGUGGAUUACGUUCCUCCUCUUACCUCUGAAUUAAAUGAAACGGAUCCAGGAAAUGACAACGAAACCAAGACAAAUGAAAUAAACUCUCCAUUUUGUUGGAAAUGCCAAAGAAAUCAGCAACUGUAUAUCCAAGCUAUGGCAUCGUACCUCCCUGAAUCUUCUCAUCCAGACUACGCUGCGUAUGAGGCUGCAUUUCCUCAGUAUAAGGAGUCGCUGCUUCGUCGAUUCCCUAUCGUCUGUAAAAAAUGUGAAAAGCCUGUUGAAGAACAAAUUGCGAAAAAUAACUAUCGAGCGAAAUACCAAACUCUUGGUUAUUGGCUUAAGACCUCAAAAAACUUGCUUCAAAAAGAGCCACUGAGAACUACCUCGAUUGCUGCUAAGACAUUGUGGAUGGCUCGUGGUUGUGGUUUCGUCCUAUUUCACAUCUAUCUUUUCUGUUGGUUUUAUUCGCAUUCGUUUUUCCCAUUAUACCUAGGCCUUUCACCUGCCUCUCGUUUCCCGAAACUCUUUUGUUCAGCUACAAUCAGAAAAACUGUCUUGUUUAGCAUUUUCCUUGUUUUUUGGAACCCAUUCUGGCUCAAGUGCCAACGUGAUCCCUCAUUAAAACUGGUUGGCCAAGCUCAGUAUAUCUGUUGCCAGUUUUUUGUGUAUGUCUUUCGGUUGGUAUUGCUAUAUGGGUGUUUUUAUGAAGAUGGAUCCCCUCGUUUCCCAUUACCAGAAAACGCAAUACCAUCUUUAUACACUCUAACCCUUGUUCUCAACUUCCUCUUCCUUUUACUAUGUAUGUCAUGUUUAAAACUGCAAUCACCUCCAACAAUUCGUCUGUCAGAAAAGAGCAGCAGUGGCUCGUCUCUUAAAACGGCCAAAACGCAGACGGUACCGAAAUCUUCAUCGAAAACGUCUGAAUCCGUGCUUCUUAGUGAUGCACUUCCUUCUGUCGAAAUGUCUCCCAUGGAAUCACUCGUACACCAAAUGGCAACAGUUGUACCAGCGCCUGCCCAGGAAAUGCUUGAUACCGCGCCGGGGAAAACCCAUGCUCACGAAACAUCUCUUAUCACGUCUGAGGCAAAAUCACGGCCAGUGAAUCCAUUUCAUCCGAAUAAAGACAUUGACAUGCCUGACUACAAGAAUAAGCAACGCCAACCAGAUCUUCGGGAACUUAACGAGGUUGAGAAAAUGUUUGCAGCAUCUUUAGAUUUCUCAAAUGAUCCUGUCGAGGUGAAGCAAGUGAAACGAGUGCUUCACUACAAACAACUUCAGCACUCCAAAUGGACUUAUCUUGUGUUGCUGACAAGCUUUGUCGUUCCAUUAACCCUGCAAUUCACAUAUUCCACCUGGUAUCGUUCCUUGUAUCUGAGAUUGCUGUUCUUCUGUCCUUUACUUUUAUUUGUCGUUCUUUCUCUCAUGCAGCUGUUGCGUUUCUGUAUUAGGAAAAUGACUUGAACAUAUGCAAACAAAGCUUCUUUAUCUAUUUCUAACACAUACUCAUAAUAUGAAUACUACAGUCUCUCGUUUCUACUUUAUGUAACAUUGUACAUUUUUAUUUUUUAUUUUUUAUUUUUUAUUUU